CCUCCCGCUCCUCCCUCAGCAGCUCCAGCAGCCGUUCAGCCGCCUCCGCAGCCAUCUUGGCCCCACGGGCAUUUCCGCUUCCGGGUCGGAGGGGGGAUGCUGUCAUGGCGGCGCUGGCAGCAGCAGUCAGGCGGCGAGCGGCAGGUGAGGGACGGCUGGGUGGGAACGGCCAGCCUUCGUCUCUGGCUUCUUGCUGCUCGCAGGGCGGGCUGUGAGGAACGCGAGGGGAAACCUUUCUUGUUUUCAUCUGUGGUUCGCCUCCAGAGCUCCCAGAGCACAUCUCUACAGGAAGGGAUUGUUGCCAAAACAUCUCUGACUUCACCCCCAUGGCCUGAAGUGAAAUUGCCAAAUCCAGUGGAAGAAGCAAAGCACCAUGCAGAAGUGGUGCAAAAGGUGAAUGAGCUGAUUGCAACAGGGCAGUACGGGAGGCUCUUUGCUGUGGUUCACUUUGCCAGCAAACAGUACAAAAUAACCAGUGAAGACUUAAUUAUGAUGGACAAUGUGCUACAGGCUGAAUGUGGAGACCGAAUCCGGAUGGAAAAGGUUUUGCUGGUUGGUGCUGAUGAUUUCACGCUUAUUGGAAGACCACUCCUGGGGAGGGAUCUUGUCCGUGUGGAGGCUACUGUAAUUGAAAAGACGGUGUCGUGGCAAAAAAUCAACAUGCGCUUUCGGAAGAAGCGCAAUUACCAAAGGAAAAAAAUUAUCACGAAUCCACAGACCGUCCUCCGGAUAAAUACCAUAGAAAUUUUCCCCUGUUUGUCGUGAUUGAUGGGAUGUCGUGCAGCUUAGGCUUAUUAUUGCUUAAAGCAAUUACGGAAAUAAAACUGCCUAGGCGUCAUAAA